GACCGAACUGAAAAAGCUCUACUGCCAGAUCGCCAAGACCUGCCCCAUCCAAAUCAAGGUGAUGACCCCCCCACCCCAGGGGGCCGUUAUCCGAGCCAUGCCGGUUUACAAGAAGGCCGAACACGUGACCGAAGUGGUCAAGCGAUGUCCGAAUCACGAACUCAGCCGGGAAUUCAACGAAGGCCAAAUUGCUCCUCCUAGCCAUCUCAUCCGCGUGGAAGGCAACAGCCACGCCCAGUACGUGGAAGACCCCAUCACCGGGAGGCAGAGCGUCCUUGUCCCUUACGAACCACCCCAGGUUGGCACCGAAUUCACAACCGUCCUCUACAAUUUCAUGUGCAACAGCAGCUGCGUCGGCGGCAUGAACCGGCGCCCCAUCCUCAUCAUCGUCACACUGGAAGCCAGAGACGGGCAAGUCCUGGGUCGCCGAUGUUUCGAGGCUCGGAUCUGCGCCUGCCCGGGCCGGGAUCGCAAAGCGGACGAAGACAGCAUUCGGAAGCAACAGGUCUCCGACGGCACAAAGAACGGCGACGGUACGAAGCGCCCUUUCCGGCAGAGCACGCAUGGAAUCCAGAUGACUUCGGUCAAGAAAAGACGCAACCCAGAUGAUGAACUCCUGUAUCUCCCGGUAAGUAAGGACCAGGACUUGGGUAAAAAUGUGGAGGUGUAGUUGGGAGAAGGACACCUUGAGUUUUUUUUGGGUAACUGGCAAAGCAAGAGGGGACCUUCAGAAGCUGUGAGAACCUCUAAGCCAAUUCAAGAAGGUUGGAAGUCAAGAUCUCCUUCCAUGCAUGAGGUCUCCAGAACGAGAAUUUGAAGGGAAGAAGGAACGAGGAGUUGGCUACUUAACUCGAAAUGUGGACUUGGUGUCUUCUGAGUUUUUGGGACAGGUUGAGCUAAGCUU